AUGCCCCUAACAGCGUUAAGAACCGUCUCCAAACCCCAAAACGGCGUCGGCGCCUUCAUCCUCCAAUGCAAGCGCCUCGACUUCCACUACUGCGACUGGGCCGGCAGUUCCCGAGGCAUGAACUCCUUUCUCAAAGGCACACUCCCCGCCUUCGCCAAAGCGAAUCCUCAGAUCGAGAUCACCGUCUCGCCGCGACCAACCAAACACCCGGUGAUACGGGGCCACUACAUCAAUGGGCGCGAGAAGGCGAUUUGCGUGCGGAAGAUGGAUCCGAAUCAGAUACUGCAGAAGGCUGAGCUCUUGAGGGAUGCGAGUGGGGAGAAGCUGAGGAGGGAGGUCAGGCGGCCGGUGAAGAGUUUGAAUGAGAGUGUCAGGGGUAUUUGGAGUCCGUUCCAUGCGCCGAUUGAGGAGAAGAGGUGGAAGAUAUGA